AUGAAAAUUAUAAUAUUUUUAUUACACAUAAAUUUACUCUAUAAUGUAAUUACGCUUUUUUUUAUAAAUGUAGUACAAUGUCAAAAGCAACAACAGACUUAUCCGGAUUAUAUGGAUGAUUAUAAUAAUCCAGGUCAAAUGAACAAUCCAAAAGGACAUAAUGAUUCAAAGGAUAAAUCAAGUGGCAAUAGUAAAUCGAAAUCAAGUAAAGAUAAAUUAGGCAAAAAUGCAUAUCCACAAUAUAUGAAUUAUAAACAAAUGUAUGACAAUUAUGCUAAUAAUCCACCUCCCGGUUCAUCAUCUAGCAUGAAAUCAUCAUCUAGUAUGAAAUCAUCAUCUAAAUCAAAAAAGAGUUCAUCUCCUCAAUCAUCAAAAAUGCAAUAUGAUUAUGGUAUGCAAAAUGGAGGAGGUGGUGGUGGUAUGAAAGGAGGAAAAGGUGGUAUGCAAGGAGGAGGAGGAGGUGCUGGUUACCAAGGUGGUGGUGCUUACCAAGGUGGUGGGUACGGAGGAUAUGGUGGUAUGGGUGCUGGUGGUAUGGGUGGUAUGGGUGGCGGCAUGUAUGGAGGUGGUAUGUAUGGAGGUGGUAUGGGUAUGGGUAUGGGUGGUAUGGGAAUGAUGGGAAUGGGUAUGGGUGGUAUGGGAAUGAUGGGAAUGGGUAUGGGUGGUAUGGGAAUGGGUGCUGGUAUGAUGGCUCCAGCGGCAGGAGGCAUGAUGAAUAAUCAAGCGGGCAACAAUAAUGAUUUUGAUGAUGAUAAUAAGGGACAACCAAAUAAUGCGAAUGGUAAUUAUUAA